CGUUGACUCCAUCCAAGAGGUUAUCUCAUCAAUUUGGUGGAUAAGUUCGCUUCUCAAAUCUUGGCUUCUGCUCUUAUUGGCAGAAGCAGUAUCCUUCGUGCUGAUAUAAUAUAAUCGUAGUUGUAUCGUUCGUUGUAUCACUACUAAAUUGUGAAGAAUUUUGAUAGUGGAUGAAAUUCUGUUCAGGAAUUAACACAGAAAUAAUUGUACAUUGUAUUUGAGUUAUUCUGUUUAAAAAAAUAUAAAAAAUGCAUUCCACUGGAGGAAACAUUCUACGGCAUUUUGUUCGACAAUUUUCUGUAUCUUCCUCCAAGUCAGCUAAUCCAAAAACAGCAAUUCUCAUGUUAAACAUGGGAGGCCCUCAGAACACAGACCAAGUGCAUGACUAUCUCUUAAGAAUUAUGACUGAUCGAGACAUGAUCCAACUUCCAGUUCAAGGAACUCUUGGGCCAUACAUAGCAAAACGAAGGACACCUGAAGUGCAAAAGAAGUAUGCCGAGAUUGGUGGAGGGUCUCCAAUUUUUAAAUGGACAAAUUUACAGGGAGAGUUGAUGUGUCAGAAACUGGACCAGGUUUCACCUCAGACUGCACCUCAUAAACAUUAUGUGGCCUUCAGAUACGUGGAUCCUCUCACAGACCAGACACUGGACCAGAUACAGAAAGAAGGAGCAGAACGAGUUGUAGUAUUCUCUCAAUACCCUCAGUACAGUUGUGCCACUACAGGUUCAAGCCUGAAUGCUAUCUUUACAUACUUCAAGAAUAAAUCUCGACCAAAGAACGUUAAAUGGAGUGUAAUUGACAGAUGGCCUGUACAUCCUCUAUUAGCAAAAACGUUUGCUGAUCGUAUUCUGACCGAGCUAAAACAGUUCCUGCUGAAAAAACAGAAGGAUGUUGUCAUUUUGUUCUCAGCUCAUUCUCUACCACUGAAGGCUGUCAACAGAGGGGACCCAUACCCAGGGGAGGUAGGAGCUACUGUACAGUUGGUGAUGCAGGAGUUGGGUCACUGUAACCCCUAUUCCUUAGUAUGGCAGUCCAAAGUUGGCCCAUUGCCAUGGCUCGAGCCGUACACUGAUGAUGCCAUAAAAAGUUACGUGAAGCAAGGAAAGAAGAAUUUUAUACUUGUGCCAAUUGCUUUUGUAAACGAACAUAUUGAAACACUUCAUGAAAUGGACAUUGAGUACUGCAAUGAUCUUGGAAAAGAGCUGUGUGUAGAGAACAUGAGAAGAGCUGCGGCCCCCAACGACCACCCUCUCUUCAUUUCUGCAUUGACAGACAUCGUCGCCACACAUCUGAAGGGUGAUCGAGGAGUCAGCCCAAAGUUUCUGAUCAGGUGUCCUCACUGCUCCAGUGCCCGAUGCCAUGAAUCCAAAAAGUUCUUUGCUGAACUGUGUGCCUGACAUUAUGCAGGGCCGGCCAUACAAUAGAUUCAAUGUUAGGGUGGUGGAGUUUUCAUCUCAAGUGGUUCAAUCUGUAAGAACCAAGAAGACUUAUGAUACUUUCAUGAAAUGGAAAAUCAAUAUGCAAAACAAAAUGUUACUCCUAUGAGGUUGUAAAAGCUUGAUGGACACGUUUCUGUGAAAUAAUGUGUGUUUUACCUCAGCAUAAAAAAUCAGCUAUUUUGUGAUUCAUAUUUUUAAGGUUUUGUCAAUAUUAUAACCUUUUGAGUACUAUGUUGACAUUUAAUAUGUAAAGAUGGCUAGUAUGAGUAAGUUUUAAUAAUUAUAAUUAUAAGCCUGUGGCAUAAACAUGACAACUAGCAACUUGUUCUCAGACAUGAGCCAUUGGCUCAUGGCACUGUAAAGCAUAAAGUAUAUGGUAUGAAAAAUUAAGAAGUAAUUAAGUUAACCAAUGUCAAAAUUAAAGAGUUGAAAUAUUUACAAAACAUAAAAGAAUUCAGAAGAGUAAAGGACUAAAUAUACAUGUUAAAAGCAGAUGAGUUGAAAAUUAUAAAAUGUAUUGGCUGAGCAUUAGCGAAGCCUAUCACUUGAACUGACCUAUAUACGUGAAAUUUUGCAUGAAGCUUCUUUUUUAUAUGAGAAAUACUGAGUUUGAUGAUGGUGCUGGUGCAUGUCAAGAGAUUUGGCUGAGUGUUAGUGAAUACUUUUACACUGGUCAACCUUGAUAGCAAUGGGAAAAUAGCAGAAUAAAUACAUUUGUAAACAGACCGAAUACUACCAUAUGAGGUUUCAGCAUGAAACAUUUUUUAUUCAUAGAAGAGUGGACAGUAAAUAAAUUGGUGAAAAGAUUCGAUUUCAGUGCACUCUUGCUUUGUAGUAUCUUCCAUAGCUCACCUAAAGUUUUAUAAUUUGACAUCGUUAUGAACUGUUAUCUGUAUUGACUAAAACAUUAAUAUUUUAACACUGAGCAAUGUAUACUUAAGCCAGCUGAAUAAAACAAACAAAACGUUUUAGUAAAGACAAAAGAUCUGUCUUAGUAGUGAGACAAAUAAUUGCUUAAAAUAGUUGUGACUGGUGCCAAUAGAUUGCAUAUUAAUGCUUUCUAUGUAAAAACAGUUUUACAGGAAAUAACACUGCACGGCGAGUGUGCAAACUUAGAAAGACAUUUAAAAGUUGGCAGGAUUAAAAUCCAACGUAUAGGACUCAUUCAUAGAGCCUUAUAGCAUCACUAAGCCACAUAGUAGUUAGAAAUGCACUUAUUGAAAAUUCACUAGAGCGCUUGCAUAUUUUUUGUAACAUUAAUUAACAAAUACAGCCCAUGAAUUUUUUUAACAGGUUAUUUUGUUUUAUUAUAUACGUUUUGCCUUUUAACAAAUUUUUCCAUAAGAAGUUUUUCAAUGUAAUGAACAUUGUAUUUGGCUGUACUAUACCAUAACAGACUGUAACGUCUUAUGAUGAAUUCGUAUUAUGAAUUUGAGUCUUGCAAAUGGAAAUAAUUUGUACGUAUGGAUUGACAAUACCGUUUUUUUUUUCUGCUAAAUUCUCACCUUUGCUUUUUAUGUGUAUAUUUAAAUACAUAAAUUUUACAAUUUAUUUACAUAGUAAUAAUAAUUAUACACAUGGCAGACAUAUUUUAUAAUGGAAAUGUUACUAUAAACAUUGCAAUGAAAGGAUUAUUUUGUUAUCUAUUACCAUUUUUUGUAUAUUAAUAAUUUAAUUAACUAUCUAAAGAUUGAGUUAUGAAUUGCUGACUGAAGGUACAGUGGCUGGUCCUUUCCUUUUUUCUUAAUAAAUGAACUCUGCAAUCAGUAGUAACCAUUAUCUGCUCUCAUUAAAAAUAUCUAUCUUGUAAGUUUCUUAAGUUAAAUUUCUACUGUUGCUUGACCCAACAUUACAGUACCAUACCGGUUAGUUCUAUAAGGUUAGAAUUUAUCUGACAUUUUUGCCUUACUUCAUUGUGCAUUAACAGAAACUCAAAAUCAAUAAACUGAUUUUAUAGAUAACAUUCCUGAAGGCCAUUUGGUAUGGGAUGAAUAAAACAAAAAAAUUAAAUUAUUAACAAAAACAAAGUCAACUUCAAUAAAAAAUAAUAAUCAAUUAGACAGGAAUAGGCUGUGGCAGCUUUUCAGUAUGUCACACUGACGAUCCUGGUAGCAUAAGAGAGCACAGGAGUUGAGCAAAAGUUUUAAGAGUCAACUUUAAAAUAAUAAAAACAUUGUUUACAAUGUUUAUGAUUCAGCAGUUGCUUUUUCUGUUCUAAAAGCAAAAUUUACGUUGUGGCUACUGCUUUCUGGUACCUAUUGAUCUUUUUUUACUUUGUAUACAAAUUAAACUUGAGAUUUUUUUGCAGUAACAAAUUAUAAUUUAAAGAUAAGCAAUGAUACAAGAAUUUUACACCUAAUAAUAUAAUUUUGUUACUUUUGAAAUAUUUAUUUUAUGUGUUAGAUUAGCUCUGAGUUAUGUUGUGGACAAAGGUUUUAAUAAAUUGUUUUUAAUUAAG